CACUUACUACUGCGUUCGAAAAAGCUCGAUCGGAAAAAAGAAUCCACAAGGAAUUAUGGACGCUUCAGUACUGGAGAAGCUCGAAGGCAGGAUAGCUUCCUUGGAACGACGCGUGAAAGGCGAUCUGGCCGAUCAAGAUCAAUCGCUUGUCGAACGCUUAACAAUCAUCGACAGAAAAAUCAACUCCGCUAUCCAAGAUGAGGACAACCUCGGAAUACUGAAACGAACCGAUGCUCUACACACGCUCCUCGACCCCAGUCUCGAGCACAAUAUCGGGGUCGACAGUUGUACGAAAUUGGCUCUGGUCGAAGCGAAUAUGGAUCGAAUAGAAGAAGCGAAACAAUUGCUCGAGCAGAUGGAAAGUUCCCGGAAGGUCCUCGAGAGCGCCCACAUAAAAACUGUGCCGACAUAUUCCGGGAAGCUGGCUUCGCUGAGUGAAGCUCAGGCUGAACAGGUGACGCAAGCCGAAGCUCUGACGCGGCAGACCAUGAAUAUGUUCGAGACUUACAAUCGUAUGAUGUCAGAUAUCGAUCGCAAAUUCGCUGUGUGGGACCAGCGGCUAGCUGCAGCCGAAGAAAUGCUCAAGGCUAAAGAAGGAGCAGCGUGAACUGGAAUACGGGAGGUUGUAUAUUUUCGGAAGGUCGGUUCGUUGGGAAUUUCAGCCCUAGAGCUCGGAUCUCGAGUCAAGCGGCUGCACGAUGUGGACAUGGACUCGCGAUUCUACGCGGGCAGGACUUGCCCGUUAUCAGAAUGCAGGCCGGUGGGCCUCGGAUCGAAAUUAAAGAAGUCCGUUGAGGAAUA